AUCAACCUGGGCUCUAAGAAAAGAGGCUCAGGGCUGAGGCCUGUUAAGACCUUUGAGAAAACUGGGGAAAUAGUCAAAAUACAUUAUAUUUUCAUCUAGAAACACUGUAUCAUGGAUUAUUUUUGAGCUUCUUUAAAAAAUACAUCGACGUGUCGGUGUUCCGUUUGCUGCAUUUUUCUAUCUAUGGGACUUUGUUGCAAGCCUCGGACUCGCCUGGGAAUGAUGCCCGGCCAGGGGGCUGGAUUUCCCGUACGCCCUGCAGGAAAGUCUGGGGGAAGCCUUAAGUGUUAAUUCAACAUUGUUUUUUUAACAAUAUUUGUCAAAAUUUUACACGAACGUGUUCUGUGUUUUAUUUAUUUUUCAAUUAUUGCGUCAAGUUGUUGUGUUUUUUUGUUGUUGUUGUCAAAAUGUAAGAAUUUGUCGAAGGCCGCGAUUCGAAAGCGGUAUAAAAUACUGUCGUUUUGGCGGUUAAAGCUAAUUAACAUUCGUUUGUAUCAUCGGGUCAGUGUGUAUUUAAUCUGUAAGUAAUUUACAUUAAAUAAGUAUGAUUUCUACUAGUAAUUUAGGAGCCAAAUGAAUACAUUUUGUGUUACAAACGCUCAGUUUCUUCUCUCUCUUAGCAUCGUAGCUCCUGAUUUAGUUAGCUUGACUUAGCAAACGACUGCUUCCCCGACGACGACGUGUGUCUGCUGUGAUUUGUCUGGUGGAGCUCCGUGAGCUUUCGAUGCAACAGAGACCGUGUUCAUGUACUCCUGUGUCCAGGCGAUGUCUUCAUGUCACGGUAUAGCAGAGAAGAACAUCAGUCAAGCCGAGAAGCAAGGAUUGAUGCCACAUCUGCAGAUUCAUGAUUGACCAGAUGGCUCCCUCCUCUGGCUCACAUUGAGAACGAUCAGCGUUGCGAAGACAUUGCGCAACCACGUUUUCAAUGCGGAAGCAAGUCCCAGCAGGCUGUCAGACGUGCUCCCUCUGCUGCUGCGAGGAGGUCGGUGCAUAGAUGACGCCUGACUGUCACUGUGCAUCUGAUUUCUUCUUCACCACUGGACUACGACUAUUAACAUGCUGUGUCUGUCGGCCUCGCGAAGCCUCGACUUUCUACCACGGACAUUUGAACUCCUCGAGCGCCGUUUGACUUCCCACUUUGAUCUCAGUCCAAGUGUCAGCUGGAGAGCAGAUUUCGGGCGCUGGUCAUGGUGUCCGGUGAGAAGGUGCGGGACCCCCUCCACGCGGACCUUAUUCAGCCACGUCUGAGCGAGCAACGCCUGGCUCCCGGGCUUCCUCCCCUCUGCAACAUCAGACACAGUGCAACUAAGAACUCGACGUGCCAACAGAGCCGGCGGUUGUCGCCGCCGCCUUCUCCGCCGCUGUCAUCAGCGGCUGCGGACGACCUUCAACCGGUUCGCUGCUCAAACCAGAUCAGAGGGCUCAACGAACCAGGCCGCCGUCUUGGAGUGGCCUCUCCGUCCGAGGAAGAGGAGGAGGAGGGAGGGGGAGUUGAGCGGUCGGAGAUGAAGGGUAAAAGGCAUGGAGACCGUGGAGAGGCCAUGAUGGAGGACAGGCUGGAGGACAUGGCUGAUGGACCCAAAAUUGCAAAAAUCACCUUGAGCUUCCCACUUAGUGCCGCCCCGCUCCCCGCCUCCCUGACAUCUCCAAACCACUGUCGUAGCUCGUCAUCGUCCUCCUCUUCCCCUCACCGACGGCGGCCAUCGUCCAAGAGCUCGGACGAGGGGUCGCUGUGGAAACUGGACGCUACCAUGGACGUUAAACACAGACCGUUUAAGCCCCCGAGGCGCGACGGCUCUCCGUCCUCGUCGCCUUCCUCCUCCUCGUCUCCCAUGACCGUUCACGCACUUAGUCGGAAAGAUCUGAAGUCCCCGCCUCCUCUGAAGUGCUCCAAACUCAAUCCAGAGACUCAGUUCCACAGGUCGCCCCCGAGAUCCUUCGGUGGCUCUUCGGGUGGCUGUUGCGGUGGCGACGGAUGGGACGAGAGGCACCGGGCGGCCAACGGUACAUCCUCACCAUCUCAAGCGGCCCAGAUCCUCUUCAGUCUGGGCACAUCGGCCUAUCAGAGAGGCGGGGAUGCGGAGAGGAGAGAGAAAACGACAGGAAGACCAGCUGGGAAAGUGGGAAGCCCUCACGGACCAAGUCUUCACCCACCGACCCUCCACCUUCCUCCCCCCUUGCCGCCGCCUCCCCCUCCCCCAUCUGAGGGUCUUACCGCACCCCCCCACUCGUCCUCCUAUCCCCCCACCGACAGCCUGAAGCCCGAGCUGAUCUGCGGGGUGUGCCACCGGCUCUUCAGCUCGGCCUCCUCCCUGACGGUCCACAUGCGGCUGCAUCGUGGCAGCCGCGCCCUCAGCUGCUGCUACUGUGGCAAAGUCUUCAUCCACAGCAAGAGGCUGCAGUCCCACGAGGCCUCCUGCAGGGUGCCGGGCCUGCCCUCCGACAGCCUGGGCCCUCCUUCUCUCUCCGUGCAGCCGAAGGAGGAGCCGCUGGAGGAGGGCGAGGUGAGAGUGGAGGGGGGAGUGAUCGUGGGACAAUCGGACAUCAGCAAGGCGCGGCCGGGGAAGAAGGCACGAAGCCUCCUGGCACGCAUCCAAGGUGAUGAUGCAGCAGCCGCAGAGCUACUCGCGGGUGACGAGCACCAUUUUGUGAAAGUGGUCGACGGCAAUAUCAUUUACUUUUGCUCCGUGUGUGAACGUUCCUACAUGACCCUAUCCAGCCUGAAGCGCCACUCCAACGUGCACUCGUGGCGCCGCAAGUACCCGUGCCAUUUCUGCGACAAGGUCUUCGCCCUGGCCGAGUACCGCACAAAGCACGAGGUGUGGCACACUGGCGAGCGGCGCUACCAGUGCAUCUUCUGCUGGGAUGCCUUUGCCACCUACUACAAUCUCAAAACGCACCAGAAGACCAUUCAUGGGAUUAAUCCCAGCCUCAUCUCCAGCGAAAAGACAGUGAACGGGGGCUAUAAACAGAAAGCUAAUGCCCUGAAACUCUACCGCCUCCUCCCCAUGCGCUCCCAGAAGAGACCCUACAAGACGUACAGCGACGGUUUGCAUAACGGCCUGCUACUCCCACCGACUGAGACACCUUCCCUCUCCCUGCCUGGACUGGGCUGUACUCUGGGCCCCGGGGAGCUACAAAGCCUCAUCGGCGGGGCCCACCCUCAGAGUGUAAAGCCUGAUCCAGAUGACUUCCCCGACGGCUUCCCCGUUUCUGCCGAGCACGGGGACCUCUCCACACUAAAACCCCUCCCCCAAGCGGACAUGCCCCAAGUUAGAAAACAUGAGAGUGAGGCCCCAGAGUUAGAGCAGGGUAGAGGCAUUGGCGGCUUCAAAAUGUCUAGUAGCAGCAAAACCAAAAAUCUUAAAACUGGUCGAGGCACAGACACGAGCAUGCCGUCUGUAAUAACUUAUGGCCACACGAAGCCCUCCGUCAUAGUUCACGGGACAGCCGUGUCUUCCUCUGUCAUUGUGCAUAGCAACCAGGUCACCUCUGGGAGUGAAAAAAGCCCAAUGAGCAGUCCAUCCCCCGAUACCAGCAACAGUCAGACGUCACACAAGGGCAUCCCCAGGCCGGUCAAAAAGCAGAGGGAUGGUGCAGAUGGCCGUAGAAAGAGGUCAAGAGACCGUUCAGAUACCGCAGAGCAGGGCUCAGGAGGUAGACACGGCGAAGAGACGGGCAGGUUAUAUCACAAGUCACGCAAAUCCCACAGCAAGAGCGACGUCUCUAACUCAAAGCACCUGUCGGCGUCCGUGAGGUCACAGGUCAAAGAGGCAGGGCCCCUGUGCCAGAUUACUGUACGCAUCGGCGAGGAAGCCAUAGUGAAGCGCAGCAUCUCCGAGACGGAUCUCAGGAGAGACAAGAGCCUCUCCCCGCCCAAAACGAAACGGAGCGAAACGUCGUCGACGCGGGAAGCAAAGGAGACACGCCACUCCCAUCACCAUCACCACAAGCACCGCCUCCACCGCAGAGUCAUCCUGGAAGAAGACGGCGAUAAAGAAGGAGGAGAUUGUGAGGAGGAGGUCAGAAAAAAGAGCUCUAAAUCCCCGGAUGAAGUGAGGGAGUACUAUUUCCGUCGGGAGGUGCGGGACCAGGAGAGCGAUAACGACACGGAGGAUAAUUUAUGGCGGCCUUACUAUUCCUACAAGCCGAAGAGGAAGGCCCAAGCACAUCUACAGAGGGCCAAGAGCUGGCAGAUGAAACUGAAAUUCAAGCGCUCCAUCCGGUUGAAGAGGACGGAGAGGCUCAAGAAGCACGUGAAUAAAGAGGCGGCGACGUCGCAAGACGAGGAGCAGGACGCGAAGAUCGGGGAGACCGAAGAACUGUCAGACGCCGACGGAGACGAGGGAGACGGGGAGGAGAGAGAAUAUCUCUCCGCCCCUUUGAAGGAGAAAAACAAAGACCCAGAAGAACAAGUGAAGGAGGCUUGCCGCGAGGUUCCCCCUCCUCCCGUGCACUCUCCGACGUCUCCUCUGUCUACCUCGGCGGCCCCGACGGGAAUAAAGAGGCGGCCUUGGACGAACGGGAAUGCGGCAGAGUGCGGUACGUGUGGCUGCUGGUUCUCGAGCCCGAGGAAGCGAGACAAACACGAGCUGAGCCAUCUGCUGGAGUUUGUGUGCCUCUUCUGCCGAGCCACUUUCCCCUCAAGGGACAAGUUGGAAGACCACCAGAGAGCCCGGCAUCCCAAGCCCGUUGAGGCGCCUCCUGCACCCCAACACGACGAAGGAGUCGUGGUUAAAACUGUGCCGGAGAUUGCGAAAUGCGAUGACGAAAAGGGGGGGCAAGUCGCCCUGGCGGGGUGUCACUCCAGUCCGAACCGCCUAAGCAGAAGAGCGUUAUCGCGGCACACCUGUCCACAGUGUCACAAGGUGUGCAAAACAUCUUCGGCGCUCACUCGCCACAUCCGACGCCACGAGUUAAGCAGUUCCCCCGAGAGAGAAAAGGAGGAUAAAGACCCGGCGCCCAGAGCAGCAGAGGCGGUUGUUAACACCGUCAGCCGAGACCUGGAGACCGUAACGGGCCCGGCUCCCGGCGCCGUUUCGGUUAUCAGCUAUUCAACACCGGACCCCCCCGGCGGCGGCGACUGUUUGGCGUCGCAGCAGCACGACGGCCGUGGCGGCGAGCUGACGGGUGAACGUCGGGUGUCGGAUUCAAGUGGCAAACCUGAAGCGGCGGAGCUCUCGCCUCCGGAGAGAGAGAGAGAGCCCGGCCCGCAAAUUGCAGAGCCUCCAUUAGAAAGUCCAGUUCAACUUCCACCCACGAAACACAAAUUCACGCCUGCCUCGACUCUCCAGAGUGUGCUCGUCAUGAAUGGACCCGAAUGUCUGGACUACCGCACCCCCAGCAGAAAGAGCCUCGACAGCCACACACACAGAACGCCCAGCCCCGCGCACAGCGCGGCAUCCGCCAGCACCUCUCCCAAUGCGCCCGUGACGUCACAGACCAGAAUAACCACUGCUGCUCCCCCUGUUUCCAUGACGACGGCGCUCGGCUCCGAGGGGGGAUUCGUGAAGCGGGAUGGGGUCAUUAUGGACAGGGAGAGGCAGGGUGGGAGCGGUGUGUUUCUUCGCGUGGGCUACGAGGAACCACCCCGGAUCCAAGACCUCCGAGGUCAGUCCCUGUCCAGGAGUCCCUCCCCCAACGAAGCACAAGACCUGACCAUGUCCUCCAUUCUAGCUCGAGAGAGGGAGAUCCAGAGGCACAGAGAGAACGAGAGGGACAAAGAGAGAGGGAAAGAGAUCGAGAGGGCCCAUCAGAUGAGUCGAGCUGCGCACUCCCCACAGGACCAGGUUUCUCUGCUGGUCCCUAAAGAGGAGCCCCUGAGCCCGGUGCCGUCCCCCCAGCACAUCCCCACUCAAACCACUAUGAAUGGAUCCUCCUCACACAGGCUCACUCCCCAGUCUCCCUGCCCCGCCACGAAUGUCCUCCGAGCUCAAGGCAGCCGCCACGUCCUCUCCGGUUCACAAGGACUCGACAGACUCCCUCUGCCCACUGGGGCGGCCGGUGCCGGCGACCGGCCCUCUGCCCACGCUCUGCUUCUCCCCCGGGCCCCCCAGCCGCCGGAGCCGGAGCACCGCGAGACCGCUCCUUCCAGAGAGUCCCAGCGGGGGAACUCCACCCUGGUGGGCUACCACGCCCAGAGUUACCCCCUGCCCCUGAUUGUGCCGGACGGCUACCACUCUGGUAAGAACCAAGAGGAGGGCCUGCUCAUGUCCACCUAUCCUGCUGGAGUGCUUCCCUUUGGCCCACUGGGGAAAAUGAUGGUCCCCAACGGCGGGGACCUGGCUAAGCUGCCGUUUUAUCCGGACCCUUACCAGCUGCUCUACGGGCCCCAGCUGCUGGCCUACCCGUACAACCUGGCGGCUCUUCCCGUGGCUCUGAAUAUGAUGGCGCCUGGCGGGGACAAGGUGGAGUCUCUGCCUUUCCUCCCGGCCAUCUUCAACUACACAGCCGGGCCCUACAUGGGCACCGCCCCCCACCCCCUCGUGGCCAAUCCCAGCUUCUACAGCGGCGGCGGCAGCAAGAAGCAGCGAGACAGCAGCAGCAGCAAACCGUAGGACGCGGGAGCACGAGACGGAAUAUAUUUCAACGGGGAGGGCCGGGCCUGUUUGGGAUGGGAGAGGGAGGGGCGCGUGCUCACCGGGUCACUGAGUACACUCGCACAGUUCCCCUGCCUCUCUCUCUCUUUUUUUUCAGUAGAGAUCAGAGCUAGGCAUAAUUUCAGGAGUAAGCCGACGCGAGGAGAAGGAGCAAAGCAACGGGAGAGGGGCCGAUAAAAUAGUGUUGAUCAUUUACUUCCCUCUCUUUACUCUCGCUCCCCCCUUUUCUCCGCGUCUCUCCUGUCUUGCUGUAGUGUGUCGUAGUUCUAGAGCUUGAUUAAUCUUCCUCUCUGACUCAUUAUAUUAUCUAUAAGAAAUAAGAACUGCUAACAGGGUGUGUGUGUGUGUGUUUUGUGGAAAAAUUAGUACAAUCCGCUUCCCUUUAUAGUCGCCGCAUAGCGAGGAUAAACGCUCCUCUGAACGGCUCGCGUGGGCGAGGACCCGGCGCGAGACGGAAGAGCCCUCCCUCGACGACGCGGCUGAAGGCGCUAAGCAACUCGAGCCGCGCGUCACAUUUGUACGAGCGAAUCAGAUUGCAGCUCUGUCCUUUUGUUUAACUGAAAGUUCGACACGAGCAUGACCAUGCACAUGCGUGUCGGUGAUGUCGUGCAUGCAGAGGUGGGCUUAAGCAGGGAUUACUGCGUGUGUGUGCGCGUGUGUGUGUUUGAAAGUGAUGGCCAGUUCAUUCCCUGUGAGCCCGGCGCAGCAUUCCUCCUCCAGUUGGAGUGGCUGCCGUCGGUCCACACGUAGAAGUGCAUUUAGAAGUGAUUCCUCACAUCCAGAUCACGAAAGGAGACGCGAGUCUGUGACCGCGGCGGAUCAUCUGAGCUUCUGACGUCUCGACUAUAACCCGACGACUUUGUGGCCGCAUGGCACUGUAGGAUCUGUAUAGCAUUCACCAUAGUUUAUACCUUAUGUGCACACAGUAGAGAGGCGGUGGUCACUUAAAGGGGACACUCGUAGCUGCUCGGGGUAUGUAGCUGGCCACUGGGUAACAGGUAGAGGCUGGUAGACCAUUGCACUUCCGUUUUUUUCAUCUCAUUUCCUUCACGUUGAAAAAAAAGAAAAAGGAAAAGAAUAAAAACUCGUCAGCCUUCGUCUUGCGUGGCUUUUUUUUUCUCGCUUUUUGAUUGGAAGAUUGACACACAAAAAAGGGGGGGGGGCUCCAUUUGCUAAGCCGGGAAGAAUAAAGUGACAGUGAGGAAGGAAAUAGAAACAAAUGGAUUCAGGGUAUUGAGUUAUUUCUGUAUAGGAAAAGAAAUACACGGGCACAAAACUGUUGGACUAAAGAGUCGGAAGGACCCACAGAAAUGACUUUGGGAGACAAAAGAUAAAUGUCCUUCUCCCCCCCCCCCCCCCACAACUGAGGGGGCUUUUGAAAUAGCCCCCAGUAAUUUCCCCUGCUGCCCUGUGUCAUUUACCAAGAGGGGGGGGGGGAGGCUGAGCAGCCAAAGCGGGGGCCGAAACUCCCCGGGUGCACUCCUGGGGCCUUUUUGUUCAGUGUAAUGUUAUCUCUCUCUCUCUCGCUCUCUCUAUGUGUUUGUUUUGUUCAACUAUGUUGUUGUUUAUGUUAUUGAACCCUCUCACCAGAUGGACAUGGCUUCAGUGAAAAGGGGGGGGGGGGGAGUAAACUUAAAAAAAAUAUGAAUGUAAAUCUAGUCAUGAGGUUAAUGAAGUACAACUGCAUUAAUGCUAGAGUUGGUUUCAGUUCCUUUUUUUGUUUUUGUUUUCCUGUUUUGACACAAAUAACCUGUUAAAGAACCGUAUAACGUCUGGUAUGCAUAUCUACAGUAGUCCUAGGAACAUGUCGGUAGUCUUGGGUUCUGUAUUCACACAGCAUGAGCAACACUUGCUUCCUAACCGUGUAUAUCCUCAGCAAAUCUGGCAAUGUGCGCACAGCUUUUGUUUCUGUUUGAUAUUUUCUGGCUCUCUUCAUCUUCCACAUCUCUAAAUAUGUUUUUGUUGUCGUGUUAUUUCAUCGUCGACCACAAUUCCACAAAACUAGCUUCCACAUUUACAUCUCACGGUCAUUCGGAGCGGUUUGAGUCUCCCUCUUCCCUCGAGCAUACACCGCACCUCCUCUGAAUGAAGUGCACACGUUUCAGUGUGUGUGUGUGCGCGUGUGUGUGCGUGUGAUGGUAGCAGGACGGCUUUUGGUUCAGGCAGGUGUGGAACAACCCAUUGUGACCGACGCAGAGGCGCACAAGCUUCCCCUCUGGGUUUCAAGCCUUUUUGCGUGUGGACGUGUUCGGUGUACGAAUGUGAGCGACUGAGCGAAUAUGAAAACCAAAAUAAAUCUGCCUGAGCGGCGUAUCCCUCGGCAGUAUAUGGGCCACCUGUUAUUUUUGUUGUUGUUCUUUGACACUUUUUUUCUGUGGGUUAGUUUCAGUGUAAAAAAAGCCUUGCUGUCUCCAACACACUAUGUCAAGCCAUUCCUGUUUAUGUGCUUUCGGACCAUUUCUUAUGCCAUAGUUUGCCAUCGUGGUUAUCAUACAGACCAAAAGCAUGCAACGUAUUGUAGUGACUGGACUGGAAUCUGGUGGUAAUAUACAACUAUUUACUGUCUGUUUUAGUUUUUAAAUGAAUGUGCCUCUGCUUUGAUAUUUAAAUAAUUAUCUAUAGUAAGAUGUGGACCUGCCAGAUUUCAACUGUUAAGGUGCCUUGUUAUGGCAUAAGAAAUUUGAACGGUAAAUGAACGUUUUCUUGAGCAAUGGCAGCACGAUGUGGAGACGGACGUCACGGCUUUGUUUGCCAUGAAGCGGUUCAUAGACGAGGCGGAGAGGAGUUGGUGUCGUGUACAUGUCUAGGGUAAUACUGUGCCAUAUAGAGCCCACGAAAUAUGUUAAUGUUAUUUUUAAAAGAUGUUUUAAUGUUGCCUGAUGACUUUGUCUCUAGAUUUGAUACAAAGGCUUGUAGCCACAGCUCUGUAGUCCACUUUUUUUCCACAUGCUUCCUGUUCUCUCUCUCUCUCUCCCCCCCUUGUUUCCGUCUCCCUCUCUUUCUCUUUGCUGCAAUCAAACAAAAUAAAGUAUUAACCUGAUGACCCAAUGAAAUCAA